GGCCAAAUUCCCGUAGUCUGUGAGAGGUGGAUUUUCAGUGCAUCCCAGAGUUUAGCUGGUUUCUGGUAGUAAUAAGAAAACAAAUCACAUAUUUUGUUCAACAACAUUUCUUUUUGUUUGUUUUUUGACUCCAGCAUCAAAUGGAAGCGAAUUCACUGCAGCAGGUGGACACAAAUGAUCCCAGGGAGGAUUCAGAAUCACCUAAAAUGGAUUUGGAGUCUGCACUGAAGGAAUGCUUUUCUGCCCUCGACCUUUUCCUGAACAACAAGUUUGCGGAUGCAUUGGCCCUUUUAAAACCUUCCAAGGGUAACAGCAUGUACCAUGCAAUGGGCUACAGCAGCAUCUUGGUAAUGCAAGCAGGGAUGACCUUUGAUCCGAAGGACGUGGAUGCUGCCAUGACGUCGCUGAGAGAAUCCUUGAUAACCUGCCAGAAAUUUCGAAAGAAAACUGGAAUAAUGGUGAGCUUAGCCAACCUGUGGUAUGGGCAACCAGCUGACAGUCUGACAGAAGAAGAGAUGCAUGCAGAGCUGUGCUAUGCUGAAGUGUUGCUGCAGAAAGCCGCCCUCACAUUCCUGGAUGAAAGUAUAAUCGGCUUCAUCAAAGGAGGGAUGAGAAUCCGGAACAGUUAUCAGAUUUACAAGGAAUGCCAGGCCAUGGCCAAUGUCAUGAAAGAUUUGGAAAAACAAAACAGUACACAUGUUCACUUUAGAGGCGGGGUCAGCAUGGGUAUUGGAUCGUUUAAUCUGAUGCUGUCUCUUCUUCCAUCCCGAAUCCUCAGACUGAUGGAGUUUUUGGGCUUCUCCGGAGACAGAGAGAUGGGUUUGUCAGAGUUGAGAGAAGGAGCAGCUAGCAACAGCCUGCGCUCCAUCCUCAGCACCCUGACUCUGCUCAUGUUUCAUCUCUACAUCACAGUUAUACUCGGAACCGGGGAUGGGAACGUUGCUGAGGCUGAAGCUUUGCUGGAGCCAUACGUUGAAAAGUUCCCUAAUGGAGCCCUCAUUCUUUUCUACACUGCAAGAAUUGCUGUGCUCAAAGGGAACUUCACGUUUGCUCAGGAGAAGUUCCUGGCCUGUAUCGCGUCCCAGGAAGAGUGGCGCCAGAUUCACCAUCUGUGCUACUGGGAGCUGAUGUGGGCCUACUCCUUCGAACAAAACUGGAGAGAGGCUUAUCAAUACGCCAACCUGCUCUGCAAAGAGAGCAAGUGGUCCCAGGCCAUCUAUAUGUUCCAGAAAGCUGCUAUCCUGAGCAUGCUCCCAGAAGAAGAAGUGACCAAACUGGGGGAAAAUGUGGUGGAAUUAUUCAGGCAGGUGGAAGGGCUGAGAAUAAGAAUUGCUGGCAAGUCGGUUCCGACAGAGAAGUUUGCAGCGAAGAAGGCACAGAGAUACUCUUCCUCUGUCCCUGUGAAACUAGUCGUCCCUGCUUUGGAAAUGAUGUAUGUGUGGAAUGGCUUCACGGUGGUAGGCAAAAGGCCUCGGCUGACUGAGGGCAUCUUGUCUACUUUAGAGAAAGCAGAGGAGCAGCACAGAAAUGAUCCAAACCCGUCAGAGUAUCACCUGGAUGACCAAUGUGUCAUCCAGCUGCUGAAGGGUUUGUGUCUAAGGCAUCUGGGGCGCCUGGUCCAGGCUGAGAUCUGCUUCAACCAUGUCAUUUCCAGUGAAGAUGCUAUUAAGCAUGACAACUAUCUAGUUCCGUUUACCAUGUAUGAGCUGGGCAUUUUGCACAAACAAAAAGGUGACAUCAACAAGGCCAUCACUGUGAUUGAAAAUGCCAAGUCGAACUACAAAGACUACAGCAUGGAGUCGAGGCUACACUUCCGCAUCCAUGCGGCACUCAACACGAUGGGUUCCUUCGCAGCCAAACUUCCUCCUUCACGUACUCCAGCUUAAAAGACCUUAAAAGGCUCGAAAUUUGACAGAAAACUGUGUAGACUAGAUCAUUAGUGUGUCAAAGUAGCGAUCUGUGUUUUAGUCCUUUGUCAUGCUGAGUUGAUUCUACUAUUUAAUGUACAAAAUGGUAAAAAAGCCUCAGCUGGUAACUGAAUAUGAAAGGACUUAUUUCUGCUUAUCAUAUCAAUGUAAUCCUUAGCAGACGAUGCUGCAGUUGGAGACAGAACUGAAAUAAGUGACAUACUAAGUAAAAAAUGAAGUAAGUGAGUUUCUGAAUAUGUGUUUGCAAGGUAUUGUAUUUGAUCACUGACGUUGAAAUAAAAUAUGCAAAAAAAGCAGCAAAGCAUGGAAUAAAUGAUUUUUACAUAUA